ACUAGACUCGGCUCGUUUAUAGCCCUCGACGUCAUAUAGGAAAUCCUAUCAAAGUGGACCAGGAAACCCAUACAGGAUCUAGAAGUGACUAUGCCCGCCUCUGCGUCCAGGUUGACUUGACAAAGCCUCUUUUGUCUGCAUCCAUGAUUAAUGGCAUAAAAUACUUCAUUCAGUAUGAAUGGUUAGAGAAAACGCGUAUGAAGUGUGGUACGUAUACUGCGUAUGGCUCCUGUCAGUGCUUCAAACCAGUUGAACCUAUGGAGGUAGAGAAUAUAAAGUCAGUAAAGGAACAAGAAACGACCCAACCAGAGACCAUCUACGAGGAAUGGGUGAUUUCAAAAUUAAAGCCACAUAAUAUGCAGAGAGAGCCAUCAGCUGCCUCUAGUGGAUUGGUACGACCAAUGCAACUAAGGUCAAAAUGGCAAUGGAAGCUACGUCGGGCUCUCGGUUUCAAGCUUGAUUCGGGCGUAAAUGUACCUUUUUAUCCCCGUUUUCUUUGGCAUUUGUGUCCUUUGAGCUCCUAAAAGGAUGAUUUUACACUAGAUUUCUUGUGUUUCAAUGUGUUUAAGAGUCUAACAGGUGAAACCAAUCUUGGAGUCGAAAGUUGGAAGAAAAGCGCAAAGACCGGGCAAAGAGGAGGAUCCAGCCGUAGUUCACGGUCAGAGCUUAAAGUUCAUGGUCGCCAACACCGUGAACUAGAACCACAAACCGUGAAGCGCAGAGCGUCUAAUGUUAUUUCAGAGGUUACUGAUGCCGAGGCAGUUCACGGUCGUAACACCGUGAACUGGAGCCAUGGACCAUGAACUCCAUAAGUAAAGCGGCGCGUUUUGAUCUGUGUUCACAGUCUCGGCCUAAUGUUCAGGGCCAUGAACUGGGCGCGAUCUGUGUAUAAAUUAAGAGCUAAAAAGAAGAAGAGGGGAGAGCCCAAAGUCAGAGAAACAUUCUUCUUCUUGAAACCCUAGAGAGAGAAAACACGAACCAAGAGGGAGAAGAGGCUAAGAUUUUGCUCCAAGUGAAGAUUUUGGAAGUUCAUCUUCAAGAGAGGAUCUCUACAAUCACAAGGAGAGUCGGAGGCAUCACAGUGAUGGUUUCUUUCUUCUUCCUUUGUGUUCUUCCUUUGUCUAGCAUGGAGUAGUUUCCCUUUUCACUUGGGUGUUGUAGAGCCCUAACUUUUACCAUGUAAUUGAUUGUGUGAAUUGAAUGAUUGUGUGAUGGUGGUGUUUAAUUUAAGAAUUGAGGUAUUUUCAUUGUGAUUGUUCAUUGUGCGUGCUUGGCAAUCUAUUGUGAUAUUCUAACCUAGCUUAGAGAGAAGCCCCCUUAUAUUACGAGGUUCAAUUUGAGCUAAGUUUUUUUAGACAUUCCAUGCCUCCUAACUAGGUUAAUGAAUGGCAAACCUCUAAACUCGAAUUAGACACCUUGGUUAAUUGUGAUUAUGUCGUCCAAACCUUGGUUUGAGGGAGAAGGUAAGUCAACCCUCAAUUGCGUAGGCCAAGAGGGCUAAAAUUGUAGCCUAUAAUGCUUUCCUUGGCCUAGAAAUUGAGAGGAUGAUUUCUAACCAUUGUUGCACCUCUCACCAAGAGUUUUCCACCCUUUUACUUUUCAAGUCCUUCAUUUAAAUAGUAAAUUGUAGAGAUUUUAACAAACAACAUUCCGCUAGAUAAUAUUUCAAACAACUGAAGUUGGGGUACAUGGGCCGACCCGGGUCGAUAUUUAAACAUACUUUCCCUAUAUUGCACCCAUUUAAGGUUUAUACUUGGCCUUAGGUAGGAUUAUUGUGAUAUUUGGUUUGGAUCAGGGCUACUCUAGGAGUUACUAACGCAUUGAUGGAGAGACCAAGAGUGAACCCCACCAGGCCUGACAACACAUGUGAAAGACGGUUGGACAAGGGCAAGCUUAAGCAGCCAUAAACCAUAGCGAGGAAUGCGAACGUGAAGCAACCUGUUAUGGAGCAAUUGGUUCUGUAGGGCACUACGAUAGAGAUUUGAUAGAGGAAUAACGAAUAACGAGUGGACAACCUUAUUACCUGACCCCCUGACUCGAUAGUGAGCCAUCUUUCCCACAUCAAGUUCGACCACCGUUCGCUUAUUGUUUCUACCCUUGUGCAACCCAAUCGGUGGGACUAAAGCCCUUCCGCUUCUUUGAUGCUUGGCUAACACAUUAAGAUUUUCACCCACUGACAACUAGUGCAUGGACCAAAGGAGCCGCAUUCUAGGACAUGGCAGAGGCAUUUGCUAGAGAUGUUGAAAACUAGAAUCGUUCAAUUUUUGGGCAUAUUCACAGACAUAAAGACCACUUAUUGAGGAAGCUAGAGAGAUUGGAGAAUAUGGGUAGGGAUCUAAUUGAUAGUUAGGAGUUAACUCAAGUGCGGGAGGAACUCGAACUAGUACUCUUGCUGAAAGAAGGGACCUAGUGACCUAAAUGUCUCCUAGAAUGGAUUGCCUCAAGGGAUCAAAAUAAAAAAUUCUUCUAUUCACGUACCCUCUAUUGACGCAAUAUGACCCGGAGGAAUCUGACGCCUUUAACACCACUAGACGAGAACAUUAAUUAGACUCUCCAACUAUUGGCUUGUGAGAGGGAGUUAGCGGACGCAAGAAGGAGAAUUGAAGAGAGGGGACAACACGUUGGUCCCGGAUUUGGAGGAAUUGAAGAAGAAGUUGAAGUUGAGAUGGCAGAGAAUCAACAUCAAGGUGCUAAUCCGCUCCAAAACUAAAAUGAGGAAGCGGGAAGCGAGGAAGAAUCAAGAACUAUGGGAUAUUACAUGGCCCCACGGGCGGCGGAGAUCCAAUCUCCCAUUCUACAUCCACCCGUGGCUGCCAACAACUUUGAAAUCAAUCCCUCUCUCGUUACGAUGAUUGAAAACAACGCUUUGUUCCACGGGCUUGCCAAUGAAUCACCGCGAGAGCAUGUUCAAAGGUUUCUUGAGCUUGUGGGAAGCCUAAAGAUAAAUGGCGUCCCUGAGGAGGCAUUGCAAUUGAGACUAUUCCCCUACUCACUUGCGGGAAAGGCGCUCCGAUGGCUCAAUAACCGAUUGGCUCGAUCCAUCGCCUCUUGAGUGAAGAAGAUCACUCACUUUGAGCAAGAGGAAGAUUAGACGUUGAGGGAUGCAUGGAUUCGAGGAGCAAGAGGAAGAUCACUCACUCCGAGUACUUCCUCCAAUGCCCUCACCAUGGAUUCGAGGAGCAAUUUCGGAUAGAGACUUUCUAUGGAGGUCUCAUUAAAGAAGACAAGAUUCUCAUCGAAUCUCUGUGCCAAGGGAAGUUGAUGAACAUGACCCACCUCAAGUGCUCCACUUGAAGCAAAGCUUUACAAGUUGAUCGAGGUGAUCCUUGAGAACAAGAAGCAAGGAAAGAGAGUGGUGAUGUCUUGUGAUUGGUGUUCUAGCACUAAUCAUGAAAUUGUGGAUUGCAAGCGAUGAAGGAAACAAGUACCCCCGAGGAGCAAGUGAGUUUCAUAGCCAAUGCUAGAGGGAACAACCCUUAUAACAACACCUACAACCCCCGGUGGCGCAAUCAUCCAAACUUCGCUUGGCCUUCCCCUACCAAUCCAAGACCUCCCGGUUUUCAUGGUCCAAUGGGAAACUAUCAACCUCGGCCAACUUUCAUCCAACAAAGGCGUCAAUUCCAAAACUCGAACUUCCAACAACCAUACCAAGCACAAGGUGGUCAAGGGUUCCAACAACAACAACAAGUCGACAAGUUUUCUAAACUUGAAGAUCUAGUCACCACCUUCGUGAGUACACGCUCUCAGAAGUUCGGGAAGAUUGAGAAAUUCAUGGAUGUGACAACCUCCAAGUUUACCUCGAUUGAGUCGGGACUCCGAAGUCAUCAUGCGAGUCUCCAUAAUUUGGAAGUGCAAAUCGGCAAUCUUGUCGGUAUCCUCACCGAGAGGCCAAAGGGAGCCUUACGACCAUCUCAAACCGUUGCAAACCGCAAGGAUCAUGCUAGGGUGAAUUCAAUUCAAUUGCGAAGUGGGAAGGUGACUCCGGAGGUUGUUUCCAAGGAAGUGAAUGUGAAAGAAGACCCUCUACCUGAGGGUGGAAAUGAAGAAACCUUGGGAGAAAAUAGAGGAGUGGCGAGGAAGGCAUCAUCAAUGCCACCUCCAGUGGCUGAGUACACGCCACCCCUACCUUUUCGCACGAGGGUACACAAGGAACAAUUGGAAGCGGAAUGUAGAGGUUUCCUGGAGAUGCUCAGAAAACUGCACCUCAACAUUCCCUUCUUUGAAGCAAUGGCCCACAUGCCACGGUACUCGAAAUACCUCAAGGGGCUUCUCUCCAAGAAGCAGAAUUUCCAAAACCUCGCCAAUUAGGGGCAGCCCCUGCCCAAUUACGGGCUUAAUUGCUUCUGUCAUGCCCGUAAAUGCAAUGUCGAACCUAAAUCCCUAAGAAUUCCUGUCGCAGAGCAAAUUACGGGCAAGAGUGGACUCAUUUAUGGUCGUAAUUACUUAAAUACUGGCAGUAAUUGGGUAAUUACGACCGUAAUUACCUUCCUCAUAGUUUAGUGAAAUGCGCGUUUCAGCCCGUAUUUCACCCAGAAUCGGGUUUUUGAGGCAAAUUCGAGCCAAAAGAGAGGGAAUCGACUUUUUGGAUAAAAAACAGAUCCUAGAUGAGAAAGUGUGAAGAACACAUCCUAAAAGUGAUUUUGGAGCUGGGUUUCAUCAAUCGAGCUUGGAGAUCAUCAUAGGAGUGAAGAUCAUCAUCCCAGAGCAGAUUUUUCCCAUUGUUAUGAGUUUGACUACUUUGUAUUCUGUUUCCCUCUUUCUCUCUCUCUAUGGAGUAGAACUUUCUCUCAUUUGGGUAUGAAGAACCCUAGUUCCAUGUGUUAGGAAUCUUGAUUGUAGUUACGUUUGGAUUGUGAUAUUGCUUGAUUAUAAUCGAUUGAAGUGUUUUGAUUGAGUCAAUUAAAGUCUGAUCAUCUUUUAUUUAUUUUUGCUGCAACCUGAGAUAGAUAGAAUCUGAUUAGGUUGUUAGAGCUUCCUCAAUCAGUAGUAGUGAAUCGAUUAUACGAGAGUUAGUCGAUUCACUGCUUUGUACUAGAAUCUAAUUCAAGUAGUGGAGUUCUGUGUUCAUUGCCUCAGCGUUCUAUUCUGGUGAAGACUAGUCGUCUACCGGGUAGUUUGACUGAGAGGGCUUGGUCAGCUUAAGAGAUUCCAAGCUACCGUCGGAUCUUCCCCAGUAUAAUCAGUAGUAAAGCAACCAAAAGUAAUUACAACUGUGACCUAACUAAGGAGUUAUGGGGACUCAUUCCCGAGUGACUCUUCUUUUGCUUUAGAAAACCGAAUCUUUUCCUGCUUUCUUAUUGCUUUUAGUUAAAACCACUAUCAAUCGACUUAGUUGGCUAGAUAAUAGAUAUUCACGGAGUAG